GCAUUGUAGUGGAUAGUGACGUCCAUGAUUUGUUCCAAACAAUGAGAACGAGUCGUUAUGACUGGCCAUGUGGCCAACAUGUGUGCAUGUCCGUAGCUUGCAUUCUUUGCAUGGGGAGGUGUUGACCAUGCCGUGUUCGCGGAACAAGAGGACGCCUGAUAUUGGGAGGCCAUCAUGAGUACGUUUUCGGGCACGACACCGCGAUUGCCGCUGCCACAGUCCGUGCCAAAACAGCAAGCAAUUUAUCCGUUCCCACAUAAAUGGUCAUGGAUAGCAACCGAUGAGGCAUCACCUACAGCUGCACCAUUUGAUCACGAUGCUCAUGGAAGCGACGAAGAGGGUAUAUCUCAGAGACAAUCCUUGCUGAGAGGAGAUGGGAUCGUAGCGUGGCCUCCGCCAGCCACCGAUGAGCCGUUGGGCUACAGCGAUUUCCAUGGCGCGACACCAGAGGUGGAGGUGGACGUUGGUCAACUGUCGCCACCUCGCUUGCCAGUGUUAACGUCAGAUUCUUCAGCGUCUCUGCCAGGAUCAGGCGCUACACCGAUACAGCGGCCAAAGACCGUCAUUGCUAUUCCCAAUGACUCCCCAUCUUCGUCGUCGUCGUCGUCGACGACCGCGACCAUAUUGGGAACGCUUCGACCCGCAGUCCGAGGUCGAGGCAGACCAGCAAAGGUUACGAAGCAAACCCCACGAAGCAUCGAAAAGCGCUAUCGAUGCAAGCUGGACCAACACAUCGCUGAACUUCGCCGCAUCGUGCCAACACUGCGCGACAGAGACGAAGGACAGGAGCAUGAUGACGCGGACGAUGAAACCGCGCAAUCAAUAACACGCACAUCUGUGUCAGCUUCUCGCGCAUCGACUGCGGUUGGACUUACCUGGACGGCGAAGCGAAACAAGGCCACGAUAUUUGCCAAGACAAUAGAGUACAUCCAAUAUUUGGAAGCACAACAGUAUCAGCAGCAAGACGGUCUGAUCUCUAGGUUGCAUGGGCUGGAACGGGAAAAUAAAGCCAUGCGAACAGCCGUACGAGCUUUUUCGAAAUGGUUCAAUGGAAUGAAAAACAACCCCGAUCAAGUCGUCGAAGGAGCUCGAAGUGGCAGUGCUGACGCUGGUGCGGCAAUUCUAGGUAGAUCGCAGCAGCAACAGCAGCAGCAGGAUUGAGGAGGUUGAUGGUUUUCAGCUUGUCCUUGAGAGAUCGCCACCCGAUAGACGAGGCUUGGCAAUUCAAUUGAACACUUUCCACUUUCAGCUGGUGUUGAUGCAACGCAGCUGCAGCCUCUAGCCUCAGCUCGCUUUCGCACGAAUGCAGCUGACGGACAAUUCACAGUCUAGCGCUUACACAUAUUCGCCGAAUUUGUG